GCAUGCGAUCACACACCGCAGUCAAAAAUCAAAACGCCAUCAUAUUAAACUGAGACAGGGAAUAUCUGAUUGCAUACGACACAUUCCACAAAUACUCUAGCUAACCAGAUUAGACGUCUAAAUCGGAUGAGGAUGGAGUUGGCUGUGACUGUUGGUGUUGUUUACAUGUCUAACAGCAUCCUGAGGCUGGUUUGUCUUUAUGAUUUUUGUAUAUAUUGGUGUCGCGUGUUGGACGGGUGCCGCUUGGAGAAAUUAGCGCAUUUUUAAAGGUUGCAAUGAUGCACCGCAGACCCCGUUUGGUUUACAAGAGCAAGUGCACACAUCUAAAUGUCUUAUUUCCGGUAUUUUUUUUGACCAUGGUGCCCGAAGGAAACGACUACCUGUGACAGCAGUGAGAAAGCAUUCCAGUCUUUGCCUUCCACAAGAGAAAGCAACUGAAUUACGAACAAGAAACAUGCCCACCAGCCACAGCUUCCACAACAGGUCCUCUCUUCUCUCAAAGAUAAGGAGUCAAGGCCAGCCACACAAUCCUCACGUGAACAAAAGAGAGGAUUUACCUAAAAUGUGGUUGCCAGCAGGCAACAGGGACAAUCACUGCCCCGUCUGUUUACAGAUUGCCAGCUAUCCCGUAGAGACCAACUGCGGGCAUCUAUUCUGUGCACCAUGUCUGAUAUCUUACUGGAAACAUUGCUCCUGGUUAGAUGCCAUCAGCUGUCCUUUGUGCAGACAGACGGUGAAUAAGAUGUGCCAUCUCUUCAGAGAGACCAGAACUGACUGUAAAGAGGCAGAAGUGCUCAAACAUGUCAGAGACUAUAACAAGCGCUACUCCGGAGCACCAAGACAGGUAAAGGAUUACUUGUGCGAUACACCCCUCUUCCUGCGCUUUCUGGUGCGAUGGCUGGGGAACAUGGGCGGCCUGGUGUGGCUGUUUCUCUUGAGGGUGGCUGUCUGUGGAUUUGGCGCUGCCAUGUCUUUGGCCUCCCCACUGGAGACUCUUCCUGGGCCGCUGAGCAGUGUGCUGGGCAUGCUGGAUGAUUUUGUAGUGGUCUUCCUUCUUCUCAUCUGCAUUAUUAACAUCAACCAGCAGAUGGGGCCGCAGAGGACAAGAACACACUCGGUCAUGCAGGGUGUGCUGACCGACACGUUGUAGAGGACAGUGAUGAUGUGCUUACUGGCAUGUUGAAAUUACACUAAUCAACCUUGUUGGCAAAGGUUAACAGUGUUAUGGCCUGCUGCACUUUGAUCUUAUUGAACAUGGAUUUUCAAUGAUGAUGUGUCUAGAAUAGACAUACAGCACUAAAUGAGAUGAGUGGAAUUCUGAGGUUUUAAAAACAGCAAUUUAAGGUGUUUUAUUAAAGACAUUGUAUAUAAUAAAUGUAAAGUGGUUUUGUAAAUAUGCAAGUUUAUAAUAAAUAUUUAUAUAUAAAUGUAUUCUUUUUUUUAUGGUGUCUGAAUACUUGAUUCUAGCUG